CAGUUUUUUUUUUUAUAUAAAUAUAUAAGUGUAAUUAAUGCGAGGGACUUGCAUUCAAAUAGGUGUUUUCAGACAGAGAAGACCAUGGCCGGUCAAUUUUUUAUAUCGUCGUUUUUAAUUGGAUGCGUUAUUAGUGUUGGAUUUGCGGCUAUCCCUGAAUAUAUCCAUAUAUGCCACAGGUCCGAUCCGAAAGUAGGAGCAUGCAUUAAAGACUCCGUAGAGUUCCUAAGGCCAUAUUUGGUCAAAGGAAUUCCGGAGGUUAAUGUGCCUCCAAUAGAUCCAAUUAAGUUCGAUAAAAUUGUGAUUUUUGAUGGAGUGAGUACGCCAAACCUGAACGCCUAUUUGGCCAAUAUCGAAGCAACUGGAUUGAGCAAGUUUGAAAUCACUAAACUCAAAUUAGACGUGGAUAAAAUGACUUAUCUGGUGGGGGUUAAAUUUCCCUUUUUGGAAAUGCACGGCGAUUAUAGUGUCGACGCUAAAAUCUUGGCUGCACCUAUAAAGAGUCAAGGACAAUUCCAUGCAAAUGUUUCUGGUAUCCAGGGUCAAGGCCUAAUCCAAGGAUACAUAGGAGAAGGAACCAAUAGAUUGUUAUUUAGUUCCAUAUCUUUAAAGUUGAAGAUUUCGGAUUUCAAUUUAGACCUGGAGAAUUUCUUAAACAAUGACCCAGUUUUAGGUCAAGCUGCAAGGAGCUUAGUAUCGGGUAACAAAGACGAACUAAUCAGGAUAUCGACACCAUACAUUGAAAGAAAAGCUUCGGAGGUGUUACUCGAGCUUGCCAAUAGGAUUACUGAGCACUUGGACUACGACGAAGUGUUCCCUCUUUCCUCCUAUUUGCAUGUAUGUAAAAGGACCGAUCCCCAGUUAGACGACUGCAUCAUAAAUGACAUAAUAACCCUAAUGCCAAAACUGAAAAACGGAAUUCCAGAACUAAACGCACCCGCACUGGAGCCUUUAGUGCUGGAUACGGUGAAAUUGAGAUCAGGUCCAAAUCGGGCCAAAAUCGAUGCGGAUUUAACCGAUCUCAAGCUGUAUGGCAUCUCAGAUUUGAAGAUAUUGAGCUUAAAGUCGGACAUCCCAAACAAGCUUUUCACCGCAAAAAUUGCUCUACCAAGGAUUACGUUCAUAGGAAAUUAUGAUAUCGAUAUCAAUGUUCUCAUCCUGAAAUACCAAGGAAAGGGAGAAAUCACAGGAAACCUCACGGAUUACGGUGUCGAAAUAAAACUAUCCUAUAAUAUAAUCACAAAUGAUGGGAAGGAGUACAUGAACCUCGUGAACUUUAAAUUAUCACUUAUCCAAGGUAAAAGUGUUAUUAUGCUAGACGGAUUGCUUCGUCAAGGUAACACGGCCUUUGCCAAGGGCAUGAUUGAGGUUCUUAAGGACAAUACCGACUUGUUUGUUACGGAAAUUAUGCCCAACUUAGAGGAAGGAUUGAAUGUAAAAUUGAUUGAAAUCGCUAAUAAUAUAACACACCAGUUUCCGUACGAUGAACUCUUUUUACCAUAGAUAUCCGUCAACAAAUAAAAGGCGUUGUAUUAGUUGAUAAAAAAAUUGUGUAUCCAUUUGUUUCUUUUAAUAAAUUAAAAAAUUCUUAAUUAAUAA